GGCGACACAGGUUGGGGGAAUAACGAGAGAGAGGGGGGCAGUUGACAGUUUACCAGGCGUAAAAGACUGGGAAACGAAGCCAAUAGACGAGCUACAAUUUAAAGGACGAAAGCAGCUGUCCGUCAACCUCUCCAAAACGCAGUCAUGUUAUCUUUAUCCGUUAGGAUAUGUUUUUAUUCUGAAUAGGCUAUUAUUCUCCAAUUACAUCGUUCUCUUCUAGCAAAACAUCCCAGGAUAGGAUAGAGUGGAUGUUAUUGUAAUAAUAGCCAUGAAUUCGGCGGAACAGACGGUAACGUGGCUGAUAACGUUGGGGGUCUUGGAGUCACCGAAAAAGACCAUUUCUGACCCUGAAGGAUUCCUGCAGUCUUCUCUCAAAGAUGGGGUUGUCCUGUGCAAGCUGGUGGAGCGAUUGCGCCCUGGUUCUGUUGAGAAAAUCUUCCAAGAACCAAGGAAUGAUAGUGAGUUCCAGAGCAAUAUAAAGGAGUUUCUGAAAGGCUGCGGGUCCUUCCGAGUGGAGCCAUUUGAGGUCAAUGACCUUCUCCAGGGACUGAACUUCACCAAGGUGCUCAACUCUCUGGUGGCACUGGCCAAAGCCACCGAGGACAUAGGAGUGGGCAGUGACUCUGUGUGUGCGCAUCACUCGUCCUCAUUACGGAUCAAGUCGUUUGACUCUCUGAACACUCAGUCUCCCCGCGGACGCUCCUCCAAACUCCUCCACAACCAGUACCGCAGCCUGGACAUGUCGGAGAGCGGUGGGCAGCGGGUACUGGUGAAGGCCAAAUUCACCUUCCAGCAGACCAAUGAAGACGAGCUGUCCUUCAACAAGGGUGACAUCAUCAGUGUGUCACGCCAGGAAGAUGGCGGCUGGUGGGAGGGCUCGUUCAACGGCAACAAGGGCUGGUUCCCUAGCAACUAUGUCAAGGAGGUCAAAGGCAGCGACAAACCAGUGUCUCCUAAGUCUGGCACCCUCAAAAACCCUGUGAAAGGCUUUGACACACCAGCUGUCAGCAAGACCUACUAUAACCUGGUGCUCCAGAACAUUCUAGAGACCGAGACCGAGUAUUCCAAGGAGCUCCAAAGCCUACUGACCUCAUACCUGCACUCACUGCAACCCACAGACAAGUUGAGCAGUGCAGACGUCAGUCACAUCCUGGGGAAUCUGGAGGACAUCUCUACCUUCCAGCUGAUGUUGGUUCAGUCCUAUGAGGAAUGUACCAGGCUUCCAGAGAGCCAGCAGAGAGUAGGGGGCUUCUUCCUCAACCUGCUGCCCCAGAUGAAGGCUCUCUACAUGGCCUACUGCUCCAACCACCCCUCGGCUGUCAACGUCCUCACAGAACACAGUGAGGAGCUGGGGGAGUUUAUGGAGGGGAUGGGAGCCAGUAGUCCAGGUAUCCUGACCCUCACCACUGGUCUCAGUAAACCCUUCAUGAGGCUGGACAAAUACCCUGCACUGCUGAAGGAACUGGAGAGACACAUGGAGGAGCAUCAUCCUGAUCGACCAGACAUCCAGAAGUGUUUGACCUCCUUCAAAAGCCUCUCUGCUCGGUGUCAGGAGGUGAGGAAACGUAAGGAGCUGGAGCUGCAGAUUCUAACUGAGACGAUCAGACGCUGGGAGGGAGAUGACAUCAGAACCCUGGGCCCUGUCCUGUACAUGUCACACACACUCUGCCACACACACGGAUCAGAGGAGAAGAGUGAACGCUACCUCCUGCUGUUCCCAAAUGUUCUCCUACUGCUGUCUGCCAGCUCCAGAAUGAGUGGAUUCAUCUACCAGGGUAAGCUGCCAUUGACAGGAAUGCUUAUCUCAAGGAUAGAAGAUUGUGAGGUGGUCAAAAACGCUUUUGAAAUAUCAGGAAGUACGUGUGAGCGGAUGCAGGUGGUGUGUAACAACCAGCAGGAUUUGCAGGAGUGGGUGGAGCAUCUGUCGAGACACACUCAGAUCAGAAACGCCCCCUCCGUGAUCAUGACCACACCCACCGCCAAGCCCCAGUCUGUCCCCUGCCACACGGUAACACCCCCAACCUCUCCAGUCUGUCAGUUAAAGGGACAGCUCCCGUCCCAUCCCCUGACCCCCUCCAGACACUCAGAGAGUAGGGGUGUAUCUGGGGGCCCUGCCUACCACACCCUACCCCACCCCUCCUCCCACGGGGGCCCUCAAACCCCCCCCAUGUGGGGUCCCCUGGAGCCCCCCAGCACCCCCAAACCCUGGAGCCUCAGCUGCCUCCGCCCCGCGCCCCCACUCAAGCCCUCGGCAGCAUUUUGCCAUAAAGAGGAUAUGAGUAAAAGUCCUAAGAGUAUGAAGAAGCUGCUGCCUAAACGUAAACCUGAGAGGAAACCUUCAGAUGAGGACUUUGCUACCAGGAAGAGUACUGCAGCUCUGGAGGAGGAUGCCCAGAUCCUGAAAGUGAUCGAGGCCUACUGCACCAGCGCCAAAACACGACAGACACUCAACUCAAGAUCCAGGGAGAAGUCAGGUCUGCACAUGCUCUUCCCUGAGGAGGAGAAGAUCAUCGUGGAGGAGACCAAGAGCAACGGACAGACUGUCAUCGAGGAGAAGACUCUAGUAGACACGGUGUAUGGGCUGAAGGAUGAAGUACAGGAGCUGAAACAGGACAACAAGAAGAUGAGGAGGACCCUGGAUGAAGAGCAGAAAGCCAGGAAGGAGCUGGAGAAGAUCCUGAGGAGAGUCCUGAAGAACAUGAAUGACCCCACCUGGGACGAGACCAACCUGUGAAUACUCAGAUGACAUCGCAUCAACAUGGUUGGGUUCGGGCUCCACCGUGACUGGACCAAAGUUGUUAACCACAAAGCCAUCUGACGUAACACUGUGAACUGACACACUGUGGAACACUGAUCUGUCACUGUUGUAAGAGACUGGGUGUGGUCCAAUGUCAAAACAGCCAAUGAAAAUGCAACAUAGCAUCCCUGAAUCACUCUGGAAGACUAUUGGCUGCGGCAUGGACCUCAGACCUCUUUGUGUUGAUCUGGGAUUGGAAAGAGGCUGGAACAAUCACACUAGUGAAGAUACGUGGUUUGCUCUUCUCAUCUUUGCUGAUCUGCACUCGUAUGUGCAGUAGGUCCCUAGUGCCUACAAAGGGAUUUCCUUCCACCUGUCCAGUUUUAUGCAGAGGAAAGGUAGCCACGGUAGACUAUUGAGAUGCAACCCAGACGAUUUUGACAGAUGAUGAUUUUGUCACUGCCUGCAUUACCCUGCUGCCAAGCUCCUCAACACCCCCACCCUCCUCUUACCCCGCUCUGGAGCAUCUCCCUGCCCAUUCCUCUGAGCCUUGUAGGAGCCUAUGGCCAACACACAGAACAGCAUAACCUCUAGCUCAUUCUGCAUGUUUCCAUGGAAACCUUAGCAAUCCAAUACUGGAACGUUUUCAGGUGAUUUUUGUGGCUUUCUGAUGAUGAUUUGAAAUAUUCUGGAUGACCUAUUUCUUGUUUGUUACUGUUAUUUUACCGGAUAAUGGACUUUCUAUUUUAAUGCUUUCCUGAAAACACUGUAUUUCUACUUUUGCUUUUCUACUUCUUUGUCACUUAUGAUUUGUACAGAAACGAACCGUAGUGUCUCAAAUUAAUAUCAUGAAAUGUGCCUUGAGGAAAUUAUUCCAUGAUAUUAGCUUACAUUUCUGGCAGGCUCUUCAGUUUAAAAUACUUCAAAUAUUCCAAUGCAAUAUUGAUUCCAAUGAUGAACACUAAUGUAAGCUACUUAUCUAACUAUUUCAGAUUCUAUGUUAUGUCUGUAAUUUAUGUAUUUAAAUGAAAUUGACUGAGAAAGGUAUUAUGCACUCCUUAAGUUUAUUGUUCAGUGAAAACCUCCCUCCAUAUCCCUCUAUUUAUUACCUCUUCCUCUAUCACUCUUCUCAGCUUGUCUCUGAAUUAAACCAGUAAACUGAA